AUGGAGGCCCCAUUGGUGAGCCUAGAUGAAGAAUUUGAGGACUUGCGACCCUGCUAUUCGGAGGACAGGGAUGAGAAACCUCGAUGCUUCUAUGGCUCUUCUCCCCACCACCUAGAAGACCCCCCCUCUCUUUCUGAGCUUGGAAAUUUCUCCUCUGAAAUUAUUAGCUUCAAGUCCAUGGAGGAUCUUGUGAAUGAGUUUGAUGAGAAGCUCAAUGUCUGCUUUCGAAACUAUAAUGCCAAGACUGAGAACUUGGCCCCUGUGAAGAAUCAGUUGCAGAUCCAGGAGGAAGAAGAGAAUCUACAGGAUGAGGAAGUUUGAGAUGCUCUGACGGAAAAUUACAUCCCUUCACUUGGGGAAGA